AGAAUUAUAUGCUAUUAUAUCACCCCCCUGCUUAAGUCCUCCCCUCGCCUUUCCUGAUAAUCAUUUUGCUCAGUCAAUAUUCUCCUUUGAAACUCUAAUUGAUGCCUCUCACGAUAUCGUAAUAUUUACUUUUCAUGUACUACUCCCUCUGUGUCUUCACCAUCAUGGCAUCUAUAGGGUUAUACGGCCUUGCACUGGGCUGCUAAGCAUGGGAGAGAUGAUGUAGCCAUGAUGGUGGCUAAAGCUGGUGCGGAUGUCAAUUCCAAAACGCAUGGGGGAUAUACUCCGCUUCACCUGGCUGCCAUGCAUGGCAAUGAUCGUGUUAUUAAGGUUCUAGUCGACGACUUCAAGGCUGACAUAAACGCACGUGACUUUAGCGGCCGGAAGCCACGUCAGGUUGCCAAGGAUACGCUCACGAUCGAGGCUCAGAGGCGAUUGGAGCAUGUACUGACUCUCUCAGAUGACGAUUGUACCCCUCCGUCGACCCCGCCCAGUGGCCAAGAACGAUCUGGGGGUACCCUACGGGGCGUCCUUAGACAUAUAAGCUUCAAGAAACAGCGAGACGAUCGACGGAAGUCAAGGGAGUACGAUUUGCAUCAUCAUAGCGAUCACCGGGACGAGGAAUCGCAUCGUGACGGUCGCAAGAGAUCUAAAGACUACGAAAAACAGCAUCAUAACGAUCGCCGGCUCUCUAGAGAGGAAGGAUCGUACCGUGAAGGACACAGAAGGUCUAGGGACUGCGAGACAUAUAAGCAUAGCGAUCGCUAGAUUAUGCUUAAAGGAGUGUGCGUAACGAUCGCCGGCUCUCUAGAGAGGAAGGAUCGUACCGUGAAGGACACAGAAGGUCUAGGGACUGCGAGACAUAUAAGCAUAGCGAUCGCUAGAUUAUGCUUAAAGGAGUGUGCGUAACGAUCGCCGGCUCUCUAGAGAGGAAGGAUCGUACCGUGAAGGACACAGAAGGUCUAGGGACUGCGAGACAUAUAAGCAUAGCGAUCGCUAGAUUAUGCUUAAAGGAGUGUGCGUAACGAUCGCCGGCUCUCUAGAGAGGAAGGAUCGUACCGUGAAGGACACAGAAGGUCUAGGGACUGCGAGACAUAUAAGCAUAGCGAUCGCUAGAUUAUGCUUAAAGGAGUGUGCGUAACGAUCGCCGGCUCUCUAGAGAGGAAGGAUCGUACCGUGAAGGACACAGAAGGUCUAGGGACUGCGAGACAUAUAAGCAUAGCGAUCGCUAGAUUAUGCUUAAAUGAGUGUGCGUAACGAUCGCCGGCUCUCUACAGAGGAGCGGAAGGCCAUAGGAGGUUUUAUUGGUGCGAGACAAAAUUCUAACGAUCACUUAGACAAAGUUGUAUCGAUCGAUGAUAGUCUAAGGAUAAAAUAUUUCAACGUUAAGAUAUAAGGUUUCUAGAGACUCAAAGGUAAAAUGGCAGCGUAGUAAUAGCAGUGUGUCGUAACUAAAGAGAAAAUAAACAUCGAUCGCUAACUGUU